AUGGACCUCUCAGCCAACCAAGAUGAGGAGGGCGACCAGGAGACCUACCAGCUGGAGAUCAACAAGGACACCAAGAAAUGCGCCUUCAGGACCUACACUGGGAAGUACUGGACCCUCACCUCCAACGGGGGCAUCCAGUCCACUGCCUCCACAAAGAACGCGAGCUGCUAUUUCGACAUCGAGUGGUGCGACAAGCGCAUCACCCUGAAGGCCGCCAAUGGCAAGUAUGUGACAGCAAAGAAGAACGGGCAGCUGGCAGCCUCCAUGGAGACAGCAGGUGAGACGGAGCAUUUUGUGAUGAAGCUGAUCAACAGGCCCAUCAUCGUGCUCCGCGGCGAGCACGGCUUCAUCGGGUGCCGGAAGGUGACCGGCACCCUGGACUCCAACCGCUCCUCCUACGAUGUCUUCCAGCUGGAGUUCAACGACGGGGCCUACAACAUCAAGGAUGCCACCGGGAAGUACUGGAUGGUGGGGAGCGAGUCGUCCGUCACCAGCAGCAGCGACGCCCCCGUGGACUUCUUUUUUGAGUUCUGCGACUAUAACAAAGUGGCCAUCAAAAUCAAUGGCAAAUACCUGAAGGGCGACCACGCCGGGGUCCUCAAGGCAUCUGCCGACACCAUUGAUGCCUCCACCCUCUGGGAAUAUUAAUGCACUUUAGCGUCUCCUCCCAUUGCCAACUGCUCUUUCCCCUCCUCCCUCCUGUUAAUUUCUUUCGGGUUUCGUUUCUCCUCUCUGUAAAAAGGAUUUUCAGACCCACUUGCCCUUCCUUCCUGCCGUAGAGUCGGUGCGUUGUGUGGGAGGUGGGUCUCCAUACAUCUCUGUAAGAACUGGAAAAGUGAUGGGGCAGCCUCCUUAUAGCUUUGUAGAGGGUCUGUCUCUAUCUGCCCCCCCUGCCUCCCUUCAGGUUUGCUGGGCUUGGAAACUGCCGUGCCCCCUGCUCCUGGCCCCCAGCAUCACCUUAGGUAGUUUGUUUUCCUCUCCUCGACUGGAAAAAGGGAAGAUCACCUCUGUGCUCGCUCUGCCAUAUCAGCCCUGG